AUGGCCAACGCGGGGUUGCAGCUGCUGGGCUUCAUCCUGGCGUUUCUGGGCUGGAUCGGCUCCAUCGUCAGCACGGCGCUGCCCCAGUGGAAGGUUUACUCCUAUGCUAGUGACAACAUCGUGACGGCCCAGGCCAUCUACGAGGGGCUGUGGAUGUCGUGCGUGUCGCAGAGCACCGGGCAGAUCCAGUGCAAAGUCUUCGACUCCUUGCUGAAUCUGAACAGCACUCUGCAAGCAACCCGUGCCCUGAUGGUGAUCGGCAUCCUGCUGGGACUAAUAGCCAUCUUUGUGGCCACCGUUGGCAUGAAGUGCAUGAAGUGCAUGGAGGACGACGAGGCACAGAAGAUGCGGAUGGCUGUCUUUGGGGGCGUGAUCUUUCUUAUUUCAGGUCUGGCUAUUUUAGUUGCCACAGCAUGGUAUGGCAAUAGAAUUGUUCAAGAAUUCUACGACCCCAUGACCCCGGUCAAUGCCAGGUAUGAAUUUGGUCAGGCUCUCUUCAUUGGCUGGGCUGCUGCUUCUCUCUGCCUUCUGGGAGGCGCCCUGCUGUGCUGCUCCUGUCCCCGGAAAACAACAUCUUACCCAACACCCAGGCCCUAUCCCAAGCCAGCACCUUCCAGUGGGAAAGACUAUGUGUGA